UGACCCAAGAUUAGCUUUUGCGUCGGUGUCGACCACCAAAACAAGGAGGCAUCUGUCCCGUCCCGUGUAUGGCCCCGGCUUGUAGCGAGAAUUAAACGUCGCUUUUCUCUGCUUAUUUGCCUCGUCGGCCCCAGAAGGAGCCAUCUGGAGAGCGUGUUACGUCGCCCUUGAUCAAUAAUGACUGAUACGGAUUGAGUGCUCAUCUGGAUUGGGACUGAGGCUGCGCUCACUAGCCACCUAGCGGCUAGCCGUGUUGUUGUUGUUUCAGCCCGCUAGCCGGUCGGCUGGCUGGCUUUCUUGCUCUCUUUAACAACGACGAGCUAGCGAGUAGCUUGCUUCGCUUUAGGGACAGAAAAACCGAGAGAUAAAAGAUGUAAAUGGCUAUGGGGCCGGAGAGACGGGAACUGACAGCACCAGGGAUGGCCUCCCCCCUGCCCGUCUGCUUCCUCCUCGUGCUGGCGCUGCUGGCCCGGUGGCCCGCGUGCCAGGCGGGUGACUGCAAGGGUCACCGGCAGGUGUUGAGGGGGCCGCCGGGCUACGUGACAGACGGGCCGGGCAACUACUCGGUCAACGGCAACUGCGAGUGGCUCAUUAAAGCACCCAGCAACAGCUAUCGCAUUGUACUGAACUUCACCUUCAUGGACACAGAGUGCACUUACGACUACCUGUUUGUGUAUGACGGAGACUCCUACCAAAGCCCGUUACUGGCCAGCCUGAGCGGCAACACCCUGCCACAGCCCAUUGAGGCCACAUCUGGGAAGAUGCUGCUUCAUCUCUUCAGCGACGCCAACUACAACCUGCUGGGCUUCAACGCCACCUACACCUUCUCCGUUUGCCCUGGAGCAUGCGGUGGUCACGGUCGCUGCGACCCGUCCACGCACAAGUGCCACUGCCAACAGGGCUGGGGCGGGGCGUCUUGCGCCACUCCCCUGUGCUCCCACUCCUGCUCGGCGCAUGGCCAGUGUGACAAGAAAGGAGAGCACUGCCAUUGUCAUGCCGGCUUCCUCGGUCACAGUUGCCAGUUCGGUCUCCAUGACGACAGCGGGGCGGGGCAGUGGUGGCGCAUCAGCGAGGGUGACCCCUAUAUGUCGCCCCGGACAGGCUCCGCUGGCGUGUACCUAUCCUCCACUGGAGCCAUGUACUUGUUUGGAGGAUUUGACCUGAACAGAGCCCUCGGUGACUUGAAAAAAUACAACUUUACAUCUAAUCGAUGGGAAAGCAGGUCUUAUGGUCACUCACCUUUGGCACGGCAUUCCCACACUGCCGUGGAGUGGGCGGGAAACAUGGUGAUUUUUGGCGGGGAACUGGCCAACGGCUCCUUGGCCAGCGAUGUUUGGAUGUACCGCCCCCUGCAGGACGAUUGGCAGCAGAUUGGCUUUCCCAACACCGGCGGCGCUCCCACUCUGGCCAAUCACGCCGCAGCCGUAGUGGACGGGUACCUCUAUGUGUUUGGAGGUCGCACUGAGGAGGACAUGUUUUCGUCCUCUCUGUAUCGGUUCAGCCUGCGGGGCUCUGGGCGCUGGGAGAUGGUCCAGCCCACAGGUGGGAAGCCCCCGGCCACUGCCGGCCACUCCAUGGUGUUCCACAGCCCUUCUAGGACACUUUUGGUCUACGGAGGUCACCGGCCGACCACCGCCAGGUUUAGCGUGCGAGUGAACAACACUGACGCAUUCCACGUGGACCAGCGCUUUUGGACGGCGUUUCGCUCCCGUUACCCGGCGACGGGCCCCCGGGAGAGAGCCUUCCAUUCAGCCACGGUCAUCGGAAACUACAUGGUGGUCUAUGGUGGGAAUGUUCACAUUCAUUACCAAGAGGAGAAGUGCUAUGAUGAGGAGAUCUUUUUUUAUCAUUUGGGCUGUCACCAGUGGGUGAUGGCAGGGGAGAGAUGGUCGCUCAAUGGCGAACCCGUCAAGGGGCGCUACUCCCACGUCGCCGCGGCGAUGGAGGGACGGGUGCUGCUGGUUGCCGGCGGUUACAACGGCGUCACCAGUGGGGACCUUGUGGCUUUCAAAGUCCCGCUGUUUGUCAGUAGCAAGGAAGGUGACAGGGAUGCUCUUUGCGCCGAGGCCCUGGAUGAAAGCAUGUGUUUGAAGAAUCCAGAAUGCAGCUGGUGCGAAGGCCGAUGUCGAGAGUAUCAGCCCACCAAUCAGUGCGGCAGCACCGGCUGCUUGGGCCUGGCGCGCUUCCUCUCCGACUGUCAGUCCUGCCUGGUGUUCAGCGGCACGCCGGCCACCCUGGCCAGAGCGCCCGGCGAAUUCGGCUGGUGCGUUCAGAACGAGUCCUGCCUCCCCGUGUCAGAGCCAAGUGCGUGCCGUGUGGACCAGAUCUCAGGGGCGUACGGCUGGUGGGGGGAGCGUACCCUUUUCCUAACCUCCCUCCACUCCUGUCGCACCGAGAACUAUGUCCCGGGACUGCACCUGCUCACCUUCCAGCACCCCCGCAACGACUCCCAGCCUGACAAGGUGUCCAUCCUGCGCAGUACCACCAUCAUCCUAAGCCCCACCACCGAGAUGGACGUGGCUCUGCAGUUCAGGGGCUUCAUCCACCCUCUUUGGGGGGCGCCGACGACUCCUCCGGCCGAGACUGUCUCCAUGUGGGCUCGCAUCCAGAGGCUCCACUUUGAGGCUCGGGUGGCAUCGGGUCCCAACUCCAGCCAAUUAGAGCUGGUCGGUCGUUGGGCGGCUCAGCAGGAGAAAGAGCUGAAGCUGUUGUCUCGCCCCGACGGCGGUAAGCUGUUCUCCAACCUGACCAGAGGCAACCAUUACCUGGUCCAGGCCGAGGGCUACCUCAACAACUCCGGCUCGGGGCAGACGAGUGAGAUGGCCCUCAUCUGGAACAGAACUCUGCCGGGAGGGAGCGAAAUCUCCUUCCUCUUCCUGGAGCCCUAUCGCUCGGGUUCCUGUUCAGGCUACAUGUCCUGUUUGGCCUGCCUGUCGGACCAGUCUUGCGGCUGGUGCCCGUCGCUGUCCCGCUGCCUGCUUCGAGGCCCUGAACUAGAACCCUGCCCGGAGAGCGAAGCGAUGGGAGAGGAGGCUCAGCGCCAUCUGCUGCUGGCACCCCAGCACUGCACACUGUGCGAGGAAUAUCGGGACUGUUCCGCUUGUACGCAGGACCCUUACUGCGAGUGGCAGAUCAACUCCAGCAAGAAAGGCGACUAUCAGUGCAGCAGGCGAGGACGCCUAGAUGGCUCCAUACGCCACCCGGCAGGCUGUCCCCGUGUCUGCAACCAGCGGAAGACGUGUUCCGAGUGCCUGUCCAACUCCAGCCAGUGUGCCUGGUGUGAAUCCGCCCAGGCCUGCUUCUAUUUCGCAGCCUACCUCACCAAGUACCCUUAUGGCGAAUGCAGGGACUGGUAUGACAGUGUGCAUUCAGUUCCGCAAUGCAAGCAAUGUUCCGCUCUCAACACUUGCACCGACUGCCUGCGCACAUUCCAGUGCGGCUGGUGCGGCGACUACAACAACCCCACCAUUGGAAAAUGUUUGAGAGGCGAUUGGGCUGGAAUGGACGAGCCGUCUGUGUUUAACUGCAGCGUGGCUGUCGCUGAAGCUCGAGCCGCUAACCCUGAGCCGCAGACUUCUGCCCCGCCUCGUCCUCUGGACAUGGACAUGGAAAUGGAGCUGGAGCACUUGGAGGUGGAAGAGCAAGAUGGCGGCGUGUGGUCCUACCCUGCUUGCCCUGAUGUGGAAGAAUGCCGUCUGGGCCUGCACAACUGUCACCCCUUCGCCACGUGCAUCAACACCCCCACCUCUUACGAGUGUCACUGCGACCGAGGUUACGCGGGGGACGGCACGUUGCACUGCAACCAGACAUGCUACAAUGAGUGCAGAGAAGGUCAGUGCAGCGGCAGCCCGCGCUUCGAAUGCGAAUGCUCGCUGGGUUGGACCUCCGAUCCCGCCACUCUGGUUCUGAGCGGUGUCGAAUGUGAUGUGGACUGCGGCUGCAACUUUCACUCCACCUGUAUUACUGCACCAGGCAUUUGCGACGAAUGCCAAGACUGGACAACGGGGCCCCACUGUGAGCACUGUCGCCCGGGGAGCUUCGGCUCUGCCCUGGCCGGCGGCGGCGGAUGCUUGCAGUGCGAGUGUAACGGCCACGGCGACCCGCUGCGAGGAUACUGCCACAACCAGACGGGCCAAUGCUACUGCACGCAUAACACCCAGGGCCCGCACUGUGAGUCCUGCCUGGCCGGCUACUACGGUGAUCCCAGGAAUAAUGGGACAUGCUACCGCCAGUGCCAGGGGCGCUCUGUGCUGCUCUCUUCCACCAAUUCGUCCCCUUCCGUUCCUCUCUCCUCAUCCCUGGGCUGGAGGAGCGGCACUGAAGGCAAAAGCGGCCUCUCCCAUUGCCUUUGGGUGCUGUCGGUGACCGAGAGCCUGGCACCCUGCCGCCCCAGGCAGCCGUGCCCGCCCGUUGCGCUCACGCUGCAUCCCGAUUCUCAUACACACUGUAAAAGCUCAUUUGUGUAUGUGUUUGAUGGCCUUCCUCGUUUUCUGGACAACGGCGUCGUACAUUCGGACCAUAACUUGAUCGGUGCGUUUUGCGGCACCACCAGGUCACAGCCUAUCACCGUCGAGGCCACCUCAGGUGUGAUCUCCGUUUACUUUGAGGCCAACGUGUCAUCCAACAAACCCCAAGGCUUCAACGCGUCUUUCUGGGUGCGGCGGUGUCGCCAAAGCGCCGACGAGAGCGACGACGGGUCACCCGCGUGUCUGGGCGGCGCGCAAUGCCAAGCCGGGCUUUGCCAGUGCCCCCCGGGAUAUGGCGGCCCCUACUGCGACCGACCCGUUUGUCCCCAAGACUGUGGACUCGCGGAGGGCCGAGGCGCUUGUAAUCUUACACUGGGAGUGUGCGUGUGCUCCGAGAACUGGGCCGGCCCGGACUGCUCCGUCCCUCGAGACGCCAACAGCCUGAUCUGGGAGACGCUGCUGGACACGCAACUGACAGUGAAUCAAGCCCACAGGUUCCUCCACAGGAUGGGCCACUCUCUGGUUUCUGGACCUCACGGCAACCUUUGGAUGUAUGGGGGACUCUCUCUUUCAGAGGGCAUUCUUGGAAAUAUUUACAGAUAUUCCGUGUUAGAGCGCCGUUGGACUCAAAUGUUGACGAGUUCAGCGGACGAGGGCUCCGCUCCGGCUGCUCGCUAUCACCACUCCGCCGUCCUGCUGAGCAACCAUGAAAUGGGGACCAGUCAUAGCUGCAUGCUGGUAGUGGGCGGAGUCACUCAGCACUCUGUUGCCAUGGACACUUGGAGUCUCAACCUCAGCAGUUUGGUCUGGAAAGAGCACAAGACCUCAGUGCUGCCCCCGGUGGCGGGCCACACGCUGACAGUGCGUCGGGACAACUCGGUGCUCUUGAUUGGCGGUUACUCGCCAGAAAACGGCUUCAACCACCACCUGUUGGAGUUCAACCCGCACAGCGGAAACUGGAGCGUGGUGGCGCACAUUGGCACGCCGCCAACAGGCCUGUACGGCCACUCGGCCGUUUACCACGAGCAGACUGACGCCGUCUAUGUGUUUGGAGGUUAUCGUUUCCAUGUGGAGGCCGUGGAGCCGUCGGGAGAGCUUUACAGCCUCUACUACCCCAAUUUCACCUGGUCGCUCCUUGUACCCUCGCAGGGUAAUAAGCCCCUCUCCCGUUUCUUCCACGCCGCAGCCCUGAUGAAAGACACCAUGGUCAUCGUGGGGGGACGGACAGAAGUGGAGGAUUACAGCAACUCUGUGUACUUGUACCAGAUCAACUGUAACACCUGGAUCCAACCAGACUCUGCCAUCGGCGACUCUGUGAACCGCUCGGUGUCUCUCGCCAUGACGAGCUGGGGUGGCAGCCUCUUCUUAUCGGGCGGCUUCAACGGGGUCACCUCGGGACGACUCCUGAACCUAACGGUGCCCGCCGACCCCUGCGCCGUGCUGGCCACGCCGGAGACCUGCAACUCCACCACCGGCAGCUGCGUUUGGUGCCGAGGGGCCUGCGCAUCUUCUGAUAGUGCCGAACGAAUGGGCUGUUUGACCGGCCAGUCGCCCUGUUCGCCAACCCCUCGCCAGCCAGAUCAGUGCCGCAGGCUUAAGACCUGCAGCGAAUGCCUGGCCCGACAUCCCAAAACAUUCUCCGGUCCAUCGCAGCAUGCUUUCCAGUGCAAGUGGUGCACCAACUGCCCCGAGGGGGCUUGCAUCAGCAGCUCGGUGAGCUGUACGUCCGAACACGACUGUGGCAUCAACCAGCGUGAGAUCUUCCUCUCCAGCAACUGCACCGAAACCAGCUGCGAGGCUUCCGACUGCCCCAAGUGCACCGCGUCGGGCAAAUGCAUGUGGACCCGCCAGUUUAAACGCACGGGCGAGACGCGGCGUAUCCUGAGCGUGAACCCCACCUAUGACUGGACCUGCUUCAGCUACGCCCUGCUCAACGUCUCGCCCAUGCAGGUGGAAUCUUCGCCGCCGCUGCCGUGCCCUCCGCCCUGCCACACCCUCCUCAACUGCACCCUCUGCCUUGGCUCCAGAGGUUCUGACGGCGGCUGGCAACACUGUGUGUGGAGCAUGGCCUUGCAGCAGUGCAUGAGUCCGUCGUUUGUGCCGCUGCGAUGCGAAGCGGGCCAAUGCGGUCGGCUUCUCUCGGGCGGCGACUCCUGCUCUCCCCAGUGCUCCCAGCUCACCCAGUGCUCCCAGUGCAUCGCCAGGCCCCAGUGUGGCUGGUGCGCCACGCGUGGGGGCAACGGAGCGGGAUACUGCCUUCAAGGAGGACUUGACGGAGUCAGUGAAGGGGUUUGUCCGCUGCGGAACAGCAGCUGGUCCUUCCUGCACUGUCCAGAGGAAGACGAGUGCGCCAACGGCCAUCACCACUGCAACAGCACCCAGGACUGCCAUGACCUUUCUCAGGGAUACCACUGCACAUGUAAACAAGGCUACAUCCUCAGCAGUGUCAGUGGUCAGUGUGAGCCGGUGUGUGCGCAAGGCUGCGUGAACGGGACCUGCGUGUCCCCGGGCGUGUGCCGCUGCCACUUUGGCUUUGUGGGGGACAACUGCUCCUCCCAGUGCAGCUGCAACAAGCACAGCAAUUGCGCCAGUGUGGCCAAGCCCGACGUUUGCCUGGAAUGCCACAACAACACCAUCGGCAAGCAUUGCGAUAAAUGCAAGCCCUUGUUUGUGGGCUCAGCCAAAGGCGGCGGUACCUGUCGACCGUGCCGUGAGUUCUGUCGGGGGAACAGCGCUUUGUGUCUGUCCCGCGAUGAGCACAAGAAGGCCCAAGAGAACCCGCGACGCUUUCCCCUGGAGCCCAACAGCAUCCACAACUGGGUGUCGGAGGGCCCCACUGAGGAGAACGCCAUGUGCGUGAGCUGCCAGAACAACAGCGUCGGCGACAAGUGUGAGAGCUGCCUUGGCGGCUAUUUCCUGCUGCAGGGCAAGUGCGAGAAGUGUCAGUGUAACGGCCAUGCAGACACGUGCAACGAGCACGACGGCACAGGUUGCCCGUGCCAGAACAACACGGAGACCUCCUCCUGUCUCAGUAGCCCUCAGAGCGACCGCAAAGACUGCUACAGACAACAGUGCGCCAAGUGCAAAGAUUCCUUCAACGGCACGCCGGUGAACGGCCGCCAGUGCUACCGGCAAUUCAACGUGGACACCGAGUGCUGCUUCGACCCCACGUCGCAGACCAACUGCUUCCACGACCCGACCAUCCGCAACCUGCCGCGGGGGCGCACCGUCUUCUUCGCCGCCCAGCCCAAGUUCACCAACGUCGACAUCCGUGUCACCAUCGACGUAACCUUCGGAGAGGUGGAGGUCUACGUGUCCAACUCGCACGACACCUUCAUCGUGGACGUGGAUCGUCGCUCAGGCGUCCACGCCAUCAAGAUCGAGGAGGAGUCGCGAGGGGCCGCGGCGGCGGACAAGGACUCACCUCCGUCGCCCAUUAAGGUGUUCGCCAAUACCUCGUCAGGUCUCGGGGGAGGCUUCAUCUCCCACAAUCCGCUGCAGCUGCAGGCCAAGCCGCCGGGCUCGGAGCGGAAGAUUCGCGAGGAGCGAGCCCGGGGCCUCAUUUCUUACAUCACAGUUUGGAAACCGCAGACAGUUCUGAUUGUUCGAGGCGUUCGGGACCGGGUAGUCAUAACCUUCCCGCACGAGGUGCACUCACUCAAGUCCAGCCGCUUCUACAUCGCCCUCCGAGGGGUGGGAACGGUGGCCGACCAGGGCGAGUCCCAGGGCCUGCUCUUCCUGCGCCAGGACCAAGCGCACAUCGACCUGUUUGUCUUCUUCUCUGUCUUUUUCUCCUGCUUUUUCCUCUUCCUGUCCGUCUGCGUGCUCCUGUGGAAGGUCAAGCAGUUCCUGGACUUCCGGCGGGAGCAGCGGCGACACAUCCAGGAGAUGACCAAGAUGGCGUCGCGGCCCUUCGCCAAGCUCACCGUCUACCUGGAGCCGGACGAGCCGCAGCUCAUCUACCUCCCGUCCAGCGGUGGCGGCGUGGCGGUCGCCCGCCCUGCCAAGCUCGCAGGGGUGAUGGUGGGCCAGAGGGGCCGCACCGGGGCCGUGUCCUACAAACACGAUCUGGGCUCGGGAACGGCCGGGCACCAUCAGCACCACCUGCCCCCCGGCGGGGGCAACAACGGCCAGCACUUGCCCCUGCACUACCUGAAUGCCCACCACUACACCGGCACCACCACUGGCAGCCAAGUCUCGCUGCAGCACCACCCGUCCACGUACAGCGGCUACCAGCACUUCUGCCGCUCGGACCCCUUCCUCUCACAGCUCAUGGGCUUCUCCUACUCCUCCUUCAAGGUGGGGCCCAUCACUCUGGAGCCCACUGACGACGGCAUGGCCGGGGUGGCCACAGUCCUCUUCCAGCUGCCCGGCGGGGUCUUGGCUCCCAAUCGGGCCUGCUUGGGCUCAGCGCUGGUGACAUUGCGGCAGAACCUGCAGGAAUACUGCGGCCACGGCAAUGGAGGCGGCCACCCGGGUGCGGGCGGCGGCCGCAAGGGGCUGGCUGGCCAUCAGCACCUGACCACUAUGGCCAUGUAGGCACACGGCGAGGGAAGAGAAUCGCUGUCGUUUCCUCAUAUAGUGGGCGACGCCUUCGCCAAGUCGUGCUCAGCAGUCCGGAGAGUGGACCCUGAAUAUCCGCUUGAGCUUCUCCAUAAUCCUGCGUAGGUUUUCGCUUUGUAAUCAACUUGGCUUCCUUCCACAUUCCAAAACCACGUUUGAUGAAGCGUCCUAACAGUCCAGACGAGAGUGAGUGUUUUGGAAUUUUUGUUUAUAAACGCCUGUAGAAAAUGGAUUCACGAGUGGCAUGCUGAACAAGUGGUUAGCAUAUUUGCCGACCUAUCAGCAGAUCUGGAUUUGAAUUUCCUUGGAAACAUCUCCCGUGUGGGCAUGCUUGGGUAGCUUUGCUUCGUGUACGCCGCAUUACACAAACAUGCCUGUUAGUUUCAUACAUAGUGUCGGGUAACCUUAGUAGGAAACUAGGAUCAAUAUGACAAGUGCCCGUACAAUAGGAGAAUUCAAUAUGAAAAUUGCACAAUACACGGCCGCAUAAAAGCAUUUUGUGCGCUAUAUACAGUCGCCACAUUUGAAAGAGUUCUCUGUGUCACGUCACCAUACAACUUGGUUAUCGUUGCGGACGUGGCGUCUCGGGGCCACUACAUGAGGAAAUGCGCUCAGUUCAAGGGCCUUAAAAGCCUCCAUUAAAGUGUUCUGCUCAAGUGUACUGAGCUUAUUGAACACAUGUACAUACACUGUAUGUUGCUUUGUUGUGAAUAUGAAGUGUUACGGCGUUCGGCGCCGACCGAGCCGGCUGUCCUUAAGAAUGCACUAAUAGACACGACGUCGCUCUUGCUCACUGGGGUGGUGCCAUGGUGGACUUUUAACUUGACUUGGUACCUCCCAAAAGUGACAAUCAAGCUUGCAGUAGAGUUGGUUGAUUGUUACAGCUGGAAAAUAACUUUUUUUUUUUUUUUUUUUUUUUUUUUUUUUAAAACCCCGGUCA